CUCCGAGUCAAAUGCGUAGUUAAAGUUCCCUUGUUUUUUUUUCUGCGAGCCAUUUUGACGCGCAAAUGCCAACCCUCUCCUCUCCUCUACUCUCCCUACCUGGGUAAUCGCAGGAACCUCGAAGUCUCUGAUAUCGAGGGGAACAUGCACACUCCAUUUAUCAUCAGUAUAAAUGAAGAAGGGAACCGAGCAUCGCUUGCUCCGUUUCAUACGCCUGGCUCUCGGCUGCUGGCCUUCUGAUCAACCCAGGAAGAUACAUGCACGUGCUUUAUGUCUUCUGAACAGUGUACUGUCCUGAUGGAGAGCAAUGCAGCAGCACAAGAUCUCGAGGGGAGGCGUCUUGCGGUGCUUCUCUGCUGGCUUUUCGGAAACGGAUGCGUUCUCGCAUGGAAUAGCAUGCUCACGAUCGAAGACUACUAUGCCUUCCUCUUCAAUAGCUACCACCCAACCAGGGUGCUCACCCUAGUGUACCAGCCGUUCGCUGUCGGGACGGCUCUGGUCCUGGCGCACCGUGGGGCGAGGAUCAACACGAGAGCUCGUAAUCUGGCGGGCUACACGCUGUUCUUCCUCAGCUCCCUGGCCCUGAUCCUACUGGAUGCUGCAACAUCAGGAAGAGGCGGGAUGGCGGCGUUUGCCGGCGUCUGCGUCGUCAGUGCGGCGUUUGGGGUUGCCGAUGCGCAUGUCCAGGGCGGCAUGGUCGGUGACCUGUCCCUCAUGUGUCCUGAAUUUGUUCAGUCGUUCUUGGCAGGUUUUGGUGCUUCAGGGGCGUUGACGUCGGCUCUGAGGUUCACGACGAAGGCCGCCUUCGAGAGCACGAGGGGCGGCUUUCGCAAGGGAGCAAUGCUGUUCCUCGCCGUGUCAUGCAUCUUUGAGCUACUGUGCGUCCUGGCGUACGCCUUCGUCUUCCCGCGGCUGCCGAUCGUGAAGCACUACCGCGCGAGAGCCGCCUCCGAGGGGUCCCUGACCGUCGCGGCCGACCUUGCCGCUGCAGGAAUCACAGGCCCUGCUGGACCAGGUUCAGGACAAGGGCACACAGCCCGGCUCAGCAACAAGGAGCUGCUCCUGCAGAACAAGGACUUGGCGGCCGACGUGUUCCUGAUCUACGUCCUCACCCUGUCGGUGUUCCCCGGCUUCCUGUCCGAGGACACCGGCUCACACGGCUUGGGCUCAUGGUACGUGCUUGUUCUGAUCGCGGCGUACAACACCGGGGACCUCGUCGGGAGGUGCCUGCCCUUGGCGCGGCGCCUCAGGCUGGCCUGCCGGGCGCGGAUCACGGCCGCGGCGGCGGCGCGCUUCCUGCUCGUCCCGGCGUUCUACCUCGCUGGGCGGUGGGGAGGCGGGCAAGGGUACACGAUCCUCCUGACGGCCGUGCUGGGCCUCAGCAACGGGUACCUCAGUACCUCACCGUGUGCGUCCUCACGGAGGCGCCCAGAGGAUACGAGGGCCCCGAGCAGAACGCGCUGGGGAACGUGCUCGUCGCCUGCCUCCUCGCCGGCAUUUCCACCGGCGUCGCGCUCGACUGGCUGUGGCUCAUCGGCAAGGGCUGGUGAUUGGUGAAACGUUCUCGAUGGUUGCCGACGUGCGCUGUAGUCGACUUGUAGCAGUCCAGAGAGUCGUGGCAGGCUGGCAAGUGUGCCAUGCUCGCAGCAAGUUCAAGGCUUCAAUAUUUUUUAUUAAAAUUAAGAAGAAAACAAAAGAAAAACGGCGGUCUUGUUC